CGCCUGCAACGCUGAGAGCAAAAGCCAACGCAUAUCAGAAAAAGAGUUUGCGGAAGGAACGUCGACUGGAAAAUCUAGCUGCAAUCAACGAUUUUUUUCUCCGGCAUUAUGAGUACUCUUGACGAAACGUUCAUAUCCGGACUCGUGUACGAUUAUUUGUUGAAGACUGACGCUUCGUUGGCGAAUGUCUUUCAGAAGAAGACAAAAGCGCCUAGUCUGUCGAGAUGUCCAACGAUAUUUGAUGUAUAUAAGUAUUACCAACAGUUGUCCUAAAAGGUCUCUGUAGUUGGACAGAAUAAAGAUAGUAGCUCGGAAUCGAGUUCAGAGAGCGAGGAGGAAACACCGAAAAAUGUAACGCAAGUGAAUGGCAAAGGAGCGGUGAUUAAAACAGUACCACUUAAAAAAGUAACAAAAACUUCCUCAGAAGAGUCUUCUAGUGACGAGGAAAUGCCAGCUCAAAAAACAUCAGAGAAAGCAAAGACGAAAAUCAAGGCAUCUCUUAAACAAGAAGAAGAGAGCUCUGAUGAAAGUUCCGACAACAGUCAAUGUAUCCCUUCUCUACAACCAAUUCAACAUGAUAAAAAGAAACAGUCAAAACCUGCUCUUAAACAAAAAUCCUCCAAUUCAUCUGAUAGCGAUUCCGAUUCCUCGGAAGAUGAAGAGCCUACUGUUAAACAGUCAACCAUCAAGGCAUCAAAAGUUAUGAAGAAAGACACUUCCACGAGCGAAGCCAGCAGCGAUGAGGAAGCUAAACCAGCACCAAAAGCAGUUCCUCUAAAAGGACAGUCGCAGAAAUCGGCUUUUCUCAGUCAAACAUCUACACCAAAAGCAGGUGCAACUCCAAAAUCACAACCACAAAAGCAGAUUAAAUCGGUUAAUUCAGAAACAUCAACCGAAGACGAUAGCGAUGAAGAAUCACCUAUAAAAACAGUUAUGAAGAAAACAUUAACGCAAAAGUCAGCAGUUACUAAUGAGGAAACUUCGAGCGACUAUAGUACCGAGGAAGAGCAACCUGCUAAGAAACUAUCAACGAUAAAUGUCACUAAAAAAAAAGAAUCUUCCUCGAGCGAAGAGAGCAGCGGCGAUGAAAAACCAACUCUCAAGCAGAAUACCACUGGUAAAGUUGGUCCUGCAAAGAAAAAAUCGUCGAGCGAAGAUUCAGAUGAUGAUUCCGAUAAACAAGAGAAACCAACGACAAAACCAUUCAGUCAGCCUCUUGCGAAACGCUCGGACAUUAAUAAAGCAUUGAAGAAGCAGGAAUCUUCCAGCGAAGAUUCAGACGAUUCGGAAGACGAAACACCAGCUGCAAAACCUACACCUGCAAAAGCAACCACCAAGAAGGAAUCUUCAAGUGAUUCUGAUUCAGAUUCCAGCGAGCCAGUCAAAGAAACAAAAAUUCAAGUAACCAAAACUCAAAAACGAAAACAUUCGAAAGAUGAAGAAGAAACAACGCCGGCAAAAUUUAAAAAAAAUUAUGACAACUUUGUAAAAGCUAACGACAGUUUGAACGAAGAAAACAAGGAAGAAAAAGAUGAUAAUAGUUUUAAGAGAAAUGACUCGGAACGAAGCGGAUUCAGGAUGGAUUCAGAUGGAUUUAGGGGGGGUAGAGGCGGUAGAGGCGGUAGAGGUGGUAGAGGUGGUAGAGGUGGUAGGGGUGGUUGGGGGGGAGGGCGCGGAUUUAGAGGCGGCGGUAACGAUAGAGGUAAUCGUUGGAGCAACGAUGGAGAUAGGGAUGGCGACAGAGGCGGACGUUGGAGUAACGGUGGCAAUAGGGAUGGUGCUGGGGACAAGGAUGGUGCCGGCGACAGAGGCGGACGUUGGAGCAACGGUGGCGAUAGGGAUGGCGGUGGUUGGAGUGGUCGCGGCGGCGGUUUUAGAGGUGGUCGCGGCGGCGGCGGUUUUAGAGGCGGUCGCGGCGGCGGUGGAGGCGGCUUUGGAGGCGGCUUUAGAGGCGACUCCGACGGUAGAAAAUCUUGGGGAAAUGAUAGACCGAGAAAGUCGUGGGGAAACAGCGGGGAUGAUGAUAAGGGAGGUUUUAGAGGCGGUUUCGAUAAAAAGAAGUCCUUCGACAUCACGGCAUCCCCUCAAAAUAAAAAAAUCACUUUUGAUGAUUAACAAAUGAUUGUAUAUAACGAAAGGUGCACGCGGAUCAUGGGGAGAACGAGCUAACGAAGUGUUGAAGCAUACAAGGGGGAAGUUAU